CGGAGUUGGGCAGCGGAGGGGGAACCGGCGGCACCCGCGGCCGCCCACUGUUUGCAAACGGGCCCGCGUCUGGGGCCGCAGGAACACCCUACCACCGGUGCAGCGCCCUCCCGGGGUCGGCAGAGGGGAACCGGGAUCCUGAGCUGCAGGCCCGGGGGGUUGGGGGGGGGGGGAGAAGCUCGCAAGUGAAACUAUUAUUAUCGCCCUGCGGAGCUCUGAGCUCUUGGAAGCCGCCGCGUGGAGACGGAAGGAGCCGCCGCCGCCGUCGCCGCCGCGCCCCUGCCCUUUCGCUUUCAUUAGGGGAGACAAAUCCGCUGUCAGGCAGCCAGCUUUCCAAUUUACCGAUAAUGAUUCUUGCAUGAAAAUUGAUCGAGGGGCUCUCCGUCGCCGUGCGCUCUCGCCUCCCGCUCUCCUGCCCGAGCGCCUAGCCCGCUAGUACUGCGCCCUUUGCCCGCCCCCUCUCAGUCUAUCUCCGAGUCCGUGGUCGGACACCGAGCCACGGAGAUCACGGGGGUGUGUUGGCUGGGUGUCGGCGGAGAGAGCCACCGGCCCCGGACUUGUUUGGCGGCCGCUGCCUCCGUUACUUGUGAGGGGGAUCGCGCCCCCUCCUACUUCGCGGCUGUUUGGGUAUUAAUUUUCCCCUCUCCCCCACCCGCUCGCCCCCUCCCUCCUCCUCCUCUCCCACCCCGCCCCUCCUCUCCCAGUAGCUAAGGGGAAACGAAAACAAAGCCGGUUUCUCCUUGGCAACCAGAGAUACCCCUCCGCCCCCUCCCUUUUCCCCUCGGGUUCUGGACGGGAAGCCCUGUGGGGAACAGGUCUCUUGACCCUCGCCCUUGACAUUCAAAUGGCUGCGCCGAGCGGAGGCCGCUGCUCGCUCGUCCCUAGGGCCUCUCUGCCCCCUCCCUGCCUGCCCCGGUCCCUCUCCCCGGAGUCCCUGAGACCUUAGCCCCCGAUUUCACCGCCCUCGCCGCCCCUGCUUCUCUCUGGCUGCUCAGCGCUCUCCCGCCUGCUUCCCUCCACCGCGCUCCCCCUCCCUUUUUAUUUGCAUCUCAAGUCCAAAAGGCAGAAAAUACGCACGCGGCGAAGACACCAGCGGCCGCGGCGGCUCCGGCCCGUCGUGGUCGUCAAUUCCCUCAUUGUGGACCUGCCAGGGCCGAGGUGGCCGAAGCUGCCCGGCCCGAGGCUGAGCCCUUGGAUCACCUCGGGGAGGGGGGGGGCGGCAGGAAGGCUUGAUUUUAUUUUUUCCGGCACGCUCGAGAUCGCUCUUCUGCCUUUAUUUUAUUGUUUUGGACAUUUUUCAGCGCCGUGGCGUGGACGGUGCUUUUUGUUUUGCUGCUGGGUUUUUAUAUAUGCAUAUAUAUAUAUAUAUUUUUUUUUUCGUCCUUCGUCCCUCCGGUCACUAUGGAAUUCUAGCCUGAAUCAUGUUUGGGUUGAAGCCGCCUCUGUAUUACUUACCAGGCAUGAGCCAUGAGCCCAAGUCCCCCUCGCUAGGGAUGCUCUCCACCGCCACCAGGACCACCGCCACCGUCAACCCCCUCACCCCCUCGCCGCUCAAUGGCGCCCUGGUGCCCAGCGGCAGCCCCGCCACCAGCAGCGCGCUGCCCGCCCAGGCUGCGCCGUCCUCCGGCUUUGCCGCUGCGCUGCGCAAGCUCGCCAAACAGGCGGAGGAGCCCAGAGGGUCGUCACUGAGCAGCGAGCCGUCCCCCGUGUCCUCGCCGGCCACCAACCACAGUUCUCCAGCUAGCACGCCCAAGCGUGUGCCCAUGGGCCCCAUCAUUGUGCCCCCUGGGGGCCACAGCGUCCCUAGCACGCCGCCUGUGGUGACCAUUGCCCCAACCAAGACUGUCAACGGCGUGUGGAGGAGCGAGAGCCGCCAGGAUUCCAGCUCGAGGGGCGGCAGCAGUGGGCGGGAGCGCCUCCUCGUGGAGCCUCCGCUGCCCCAGGAGAAGGCUGGCGGCCCAGCCAUCCCCUCGCACCUGCUCAGCGCCCCCUAUCCCUUCGGCAUCUCCCCCGGCUCCGUUGUGCAGGAUUCCCGGUUCCCACCGCUCAACCUGCAGCGGCCCGUGCACCAUGUGGUGCCCCCCAGCACCGUCACCGAGGACUACCUACGAAGCUUCCGGCCCUACCACACGGCUGAGGACCUGCGCGUGUCCUCCCUGCCGCCCCUCAGCCUUGACCCGGCCGCAGCAGCCGCCUACUACCACCCCAGCUACCUGGCCCCGCAUCCCUUCCCCCACCCGGCCUUCAGGAUGGACGACUCCUACUGCCUGUCGGCCCUGAGGUCACCCUUCUACCCCCUCCCUGCCCCCGGCUCCCUGCCCCCACUGCACCCAUCUGCCAUGCACCUGCACCUGUCCGGAGUGCGCUACCCGCCAGAGCUCGCACACCCGUCCCUGGCAGCGCUGCACGCAGAGAGAAUCUCGGGCCUCAGCGCCGAGAGGCUGCAGAUGGAUGAGGAGCUGAGGCGGGAGCGGGAACGCGAGCGGGAGGCUGACCGCGAGCGGGAGAAGGAGCGGGAGCAGCGGGAGCAGCGGGAACAGGAGCGGCAGCGGGAACAGCGGGAGCAGCGGGCCCGCGAGAAGGAGCUGCCAGCCACCAAGCUGCUGGAGCCAGCCUUCCCACCCGGGGCCGAGCUGCACGCACUGCGGGGCCACGCCACUGAGGAGCGGGUCAGGUCCGCGGAGCAGCUGACCCCGACGCGAGCAGAGAAGGUGAAGGAGUCGGGCCUUCAGGCACCCAAGCCCGUGCAGCACCCUUUGCACCCGGUACCCACCCCUCACCACGCAGUGCCCAGCCUCAUCUCCACGCACGGCAUCUUCUCCCUGCCGGGCAGCAGCGCCGCCACAGCCCUGCUGAUCCAGCGCACCAAUGAGGAGGAGAAGUGGCUGGCCCGGCAGCGGCGGCUGCGGCAGGAGAAGGAGGACCGGCAGUCGCAGGUGUCCGAAUUCCGGCAGCAGGUGCUGGAGCAGCAUCUGGACAUGGGCCGGCCCCCAGCACCGCUGGAGGCGGAGCAGCGGCCUGACAGCGCCAGGCCAGGACCAAACCGUCACGAGCCAGGCAGCCGGGAUCCCCCGCAGCACUUUGGGGGACCACCACCCCUCAUCUCGCCCAAGCCCCAGCACCACACUGUGCCCACGGCCCUCUGGAACCCUGUGGCCCUCAUAGACAACACCCUGGAGACGCGACGUGUCGAAAGCCACACUCUGCAUGGCCACUCGGCCGCGUCCGAGCCCAGCCGCCAGGCUGCGCUGCCUCUGGUGAAGGUGGAGCGAGUGUACUGCCCGGAGAAGGCCGAGGAGCCCCGGAAGCGCGAGGCGGCCCCCCUGGACAAGUACCAGCCCCCGCCGCGGGAGGCGGGCAGCCUGGAGCCGCAGGCCUUCUCCCACGGGCCGGGACCCUUCCUAGCUGAGCUGGAGAAGUCCACGCAGACCAUCCUGGGCCAGCAGCGGUCCUGCCUCCCCCAGGCCACCCUUGGGGAGCUCAGCAGGCCACUGAAGGCCGACUCGCCCUACCGGCCCCCGGCCCCGCGGGCCCCCGACCCUGCUUACAUCUACGACGAGUCCCUACAGCAGCGCAGGAGGCUGGUCAGCAAGCUGGACCUGGAGGAGCGCAGGCGGCGGGAGGCCCAGGAGAAGGGGUACUAUUACGACCUCGACGACUCCUACGAUGAGAGCGAUGAGGAAGAGGUCAGGGCCCACCUGCGCUGUGUGGCCGAGCAGCCGCCCCUCAAACUGGACACAUGCUCCGAGAAGCUAGAGUUUUUGCAACUUUUUGGCUUGACCACCCAACAGCAGAAGGAGGAGUUGGUGGCCCAGAAGCGGAGGAAGCGCCGGCGGAUGCUGAGGGAGAGAAGCCCUUCGCCGCCGCCCCUGCAGAGCAAGCGACAGACGCCCUCGCCGAGGCUGGUGCUGUCCACCCGCUACAGCCCCGAGGACAUGAACAACAGCCCCAACUUGGAGGAGAAGAAGAAGUUCCUGACCAUCUUCAACCUGACCCAUGUCAGCACCGAGAAGAGGAAAGACAAGGAGAGACUUGUAGAACUGCUCCGUGCCGCGAAGCAGAGGGCACUGUCGGCAGUGGCAGCGACAGACACGCUGGCAAGCUCUCCGAGGGACAGUCCCACCGUCUCCCUGAGUGAACCAGACGCGCAGCCCGUCCCGCUGGAGACUGACAAGCCUGUGGGUGUUGCCGCCUCCUUGUCUGACAUCCCGAAGGCUGCGGAGCCCAGCCGACUGGAACAACUCCGCGUCCAGGAGCCCGCCCCUGCCAGCGGUGAGAAGGCCAGGCCGAGUGAGGCCCCCGGGGGCAAGAAGAGCCUGAGCAUGCUGCAUCACAUCCGGGGUGCCGCGCCCAAGGACAUUCCUGUGCCGUUGUCCCACAGCGUCAACGGGAAGAGCAAGCCCUGGGAGCCCUUCAUGGCUGAAGAGUUUGCGCACCAGUUCCAUGAGUCGGUGCUGCAGUCCACCCAGAAGGCGCUACAGAGGCACAAAGGAGUGAACGCCUUGCUGUCCGCAGAGCUGACCCACAAGGCCGACGCUUCCGUCCACUACAACAUUCCCGAGCUGCAGUCCACGGGCCGGCUUCCUGCGCCCCAGCACAACGGGCAGCAGGAGCCCCCAGCUGCGAGGAGGGGCCCGCCGGCGCAGGAGAUGGACUGCAACUCAGCAGAGGAGGAGGAAGAGGAGGAGGAGGAGGAGGAGGAUGAGGAAGUCCCCAGGCACAAGUGGCAAGGGAUUGAGGCGAUAUUUGAAGCUUACCAGGAACACAUAGAAGAGCAAAACCUGGAGCGGCAGGUGCUGGAGACGCAGUGCCGCCGGCUGGAGGCGCAGCACUACAGCCUGAGUCUCACGGCCGAGCAGCUCUCGCACAGCAUGGCAGAGCUGAGGAGCCAGAAGCAGAAGAUUGUCUCAGAGAGGGAGAGGCUCCAGGCCGAACUGGACCACUUACGGAAGUGCCUUGCCCUGCCUGCGAUGCACUGGCCUCGGGGCUACUUCAAGGGGUACCCUAGGUGACGGUUCCCCGUACACCAGGCUGAACCUAUAGCAUAGAAAAUAUUAUCUAUUUUAUUACCUUGAAUAUUUAAUAUUUUUCACUGGGAGGUUUGAAGCUUAAAACAAGGAUGUGCCAUGCAUGAAGCAAAGGUUCCACACCAGGGGACCCCGCGCUCCCCUGACUGGCCGCCCGGCUCGCCCUCUUCCCCGCGCAGCACAAUACCAACACUAACUGGACCUGCUCCUGGCCUUGCUGCGAGCCGCUGUGGCAUCGGCUGUGGCAUCGGCUGUGGCAUCGGCUGGCAGGGGUUGGUCUCCUUCCACAGGCCUGCACGCAGGUCGGGGCGUCGUAAGAGCUUCCGCUGCUUCCGGUUCUCACAGAAUUGUCUUCAAAGCAACGGGCCCUGGGAGCAAAGCAACCGAAAGGCGUUUCCUUGGAAAAGCGCUGAGCCCACAAACCGGGGGAGCAGUCACACCCACCACGCCACAGCUGUGGCCGGGAAGUCAACGGUGCUUCAGCCUUGUACUGUGUAUAUAUAUUAAAGUUUUGUAUGUUUUUAUUACUUUAAUUAUUGUUAUAAAAAGCCUGCCAUUUUUAAUAUGUGGUUUGGGGAAUUUUUGUUUUUCCUGUUUAGGGCUUUGUUUUUUUGUCUUUCUGGACAAAAAAAGAAAAAAAAAACAAGUUGCUUUUUAGUGUCUGUACUGCUGCUGGUCAGGACAUGAAAAGGGGAGUGACUGCUGCCUGCGGCGCUGGGCCGUCCCCGGCCGCCAGCCCUGUGCGCUGCUCACCUCCGCCACCGCCCCGUGCUUGUGCAAGCUGCGAGCGAGGCCUCCACACGCGCACACGGCAGCUACACAGAACCGCUCAGGAAGCCAUCCCCGCCCGGAUGUGGCCUCAGUGGAGCCCCGAUCCUGGAUCUCCAGGAGUGGCCAGAAACUGGGGUGGGGGGAAGAGGUGGGGCGCUCCUGUCCCAGCCAGCAGGGGUUCCUGGCACCGAGGGUCUGACCUUGUGGCAGGGGUGGAGGCUUCGCAGUACGGAGCAGCUUGCUGGCAGCUGGCACGUAGUCACUUCUCUGCCCCCACGCAGCUUGUUCUGUGUGUCUGCCAAGAAAUCCAGUCACUAGCAAACUCCGAAAAGAGCUGCCCGUGUUCUCGCAGCCAACCCGCACCCUGCUCUCCGUAGAAGUGACGAGAACGGGGGUUGCGCCACGGCCUCCACUGCAGACACGUUCCUCGGGUGUGGAGGGCAGCCCUGCUGCAUUCCCCCAACUCGGUCUGCUUGUUGGCAUAAGAGCCGCCGCAUCUGGGCACUGCAUGCCAGGCCACCUCCCAUGUACUCCGACCAGCAAGGGCCUUGGCCGAUUGCAAAACCAGUACAACUGGUGUAAUAAGAAAGAAAGGCAUCUGAGGGCGACCCUUUAACGUUAGUGCUGCUAGUGGGGUAAAGGACGGGCCAUCUCUGGAGGACGUGGGCUUACCUCUUUCCAGUUGUGGACAGGGCAAGCUUGCCUGCCGAGCUGCCCUCUGCCCCAGGGCCUUGUGCUCAAGGACGACAAUCAGAGAACCUGCACAUGCUGUUCAGGCCCGGGGCCUGGCAGUGGGCGUCCCACCCUCCCGCAGUGCCAGGGCAGGCUGCUGCGGUCACUGGUGCGCCCUGACAUGCCCCCCAGCGCUCAGCUAGGUAAACCUUACACCUGAGUGGCACCAACACCCUGCUGCAGGCAACUACAGGCCAUCUGCGGUCGGGAGCGCGUGGUCUGCCAAGUCUCCCAAGUGAAGCCGAAUCCAAGCCAGGGCCCCCUUCCCGAGGCCGCCGGCAGACGGAGCUGGCACUAGCUGGCUGUGCUCCUCUGCAGUGUCCAGGAGCCGCUUAGCUGCAGUCUCUGUCACCAGACUUUACUCUCGCACUAGUCUGUCCCCAACCUUCCGGUCCAGUGCUUAACUUCUUAGCUCUGCCCUGGCUGAGGGAGACCGCGCUCCCUGGCUCGCUCUGCGCUGUGCCAGCUCCCACAGCAGUGAGCCCACGCACGGCGGGCAGGAGGACCACGGUGCCUCGGCCACUCUGGGGGCAGUUUAGAUGCUGUGAAAUGAAAUCUGUUCUAAGUGUACUUGUUUGGAUUAAUUGUAUUGUAAUAUUAUUUGUUGAAUGUAGUAAUUAGGUAUUUAUGAAUAUAUUGCUGUAAUUUUUGACAACAUCCCCCAAAAAUAAAAUCUUCCUAAAUCAU